CGCUCCGAGCGACAGAGUGAGAACGGGGACCGGGAGACGAAGCGCUUCUGAUACACAGAAGACAACAGAACGGGAGCUUAAAACGUUACACACGCAGAGAAGCUCGAGCGUUUGAAAGAAAUCAGCGUUCGUAACUUUCAAGGACCGCGUCAUUGCACGUUCAGUAACCCCAAACAUCUCACCGACUCCGAAGAUGCGACCCGGGGUGCUGCUGCUGAUCUCCGGGCUGCUCGGGUUUGGAAGCUGUGCCGUGUUUAUCCAGCAGCCUCAUGACCUGGUGGUCGUGGCCGGGCAGCCCGUGACUCUACCCUGCUCCAUCACUGGAUAUCACGGCAUGGUGCUGUGGGUCAAAGACGGACUCGCUCUGGGGGUCAACCGAGAUCUGUCAGGUUAUCCGCGCUACGACGUGAUUGGAGACCACAGUAAAGGGGAAUAUCACCUGCUGAUUCAAAGGACAGAACUGGCAGAUGACGGCAGCUUUGAGUGUCAAGCUAUCCAGGUUGCUGGCAGAUCACGGCCCGCUCGACUAACUGUCCUGGUUCCUCCUGAAGACCCUGUGAUAGCUGGAGGUCCUGUGGUGAGCCUGCGUGCCGGAGAAUCGCUCAACCUCACCUGCCACGCCGACAACGCCAAACCAGCCGCUUCCAUCAUCUGGAUACGAAGCGGAGAGGUGCUCAAUGGUGCAUCGUACUCCAAGACGCUGUUGCGAGAUGGGAGAAGAGAAAGCACGGUGAGCACGCUCCACAUCGCUGCAUCCAACAUCGAGAGUGGACAACAGAUCACCUGCCGCGCCUCCAACAAAGCAUCGCCCAACGGCAAGGAGGCCACAGUCACCAUCGAUAUUCAACAUUUCCCUUUGGUGAACCUCUCUGUGGAGCCACAGCCUGUUCUUGAAGGCAAUCUGGUCAAGUUCCACUGUGCUGCUAAAGCAAAUCCCCCUGUCACUCAUUACAGAUGGGCGAAGGGAGGCAGCGUGAUCACAGACGCAACAGGAGACACUUAUGAAGUGAUGGUUGAUCAUUCUUUCUUCACUGAGCCGGUAUCGUGUGAGGUCACCAACGCCUUGGGCAGUACCAACAUCAGCCGGAAUGUAGAUGUUUACUUCGGGCCACGUCUGGCCACCGAACCUCAGAGCUUACAGGUGGACCGUGGUUCUGACGCUGUCUUCAGCUGCGCUUGGAUUGGAAACCCUUCGCUCACCAUCGUCUGGAUGAAGAGAGGCCACGGAGUGGUGCUUAGCAACGAGAACACCUUGACAUUGAAGGCGGUGAGACAGGAGGACGCCGGGAAAUACGUCUGCCGGGCCGUGGUGCCGCGGGUCGGUGUGGGGGAGAAGGAGGUCACUCUGACAGUCAACGGGCCUCCCACCAUCUCCAGCACACAGACCCAACAGGCAUUGUACGGAGAGAAGGGCCAGAUCAAGUGUUUCAUCCGCAGCACCCCGCCUCCGGACCGCAUUGCGUGGUCGUGGAAGGAGACCGUGCUAGAAUCGGGAACUUCAGGCCGAUACACGGUGGAGACGGUGAGCACGGAGGAAGGCGUCAUCUCCACCCUCACCAUGAGCAACAUCGUCCCCGCCGACUUCCAAACCAUUUACAACUGCACUGCAUGGAACAGUUUCGGCUCAGACACAGAGAUCAUUCGGCUCAAGGAACAAGGGUCUCUGCGCUUGGCCGUCAUCAUCGGGGUUGCAGUGGGAGCUUUCCUGGCUCUGAUCGUCCUCAUUGGGACCCUGGGGGCUUUCUGCUGCGCGCGACUGCAGAGGAAAGACAUGCACCUGGUGAUGUCAUCACUCCCCGUGUCCCUCUCUUCACGCCAGCGAGAGAUCUCCGGCACGCUGAAAAGCGAGAGUCUCAAAGGGGUCGUGUCGGCCAAGAACGACAUCCGGGUGGAGAUUGUGCAUAAGGAUCAUAAUGCAGCGAGAGAACAAGAAGAUAACGGCAACAUGAAGCAAAUGAUAAUGGAGAGAGGAGAAUUUCAGCAGGAGUCGGUGCUGAAGCAGUUGGAGGUCUUGCAGGAGGAAGAGAGGGAGCUGCAGCACGUCAAGGAUCCGACCAACGGAUACUACAGCGUCAACACCUUCAAGGAACAGCAGACCCCCACCCUAUCUCUGACAGCCAAUCAGAACGCAGAGGUCCGAAACCCCGGCACGGCCACCCUCGGAAAGCACCGCGUCCCCACCGGCAUGUCUUACACCAACAUCUACAGCACGCUGGGCGCCGGGCCCAACCGCCUCUACGACUACAGCCAACGCUUCGUGCUGGGCAUGGGCAGCAGCUCCAUCGAGCUGUGCGAGCGUGAGUUCCAGAGGGGAUCGCUCAGCGACUCCAGUUCCUUCCAGGACACGCAGUGCGACAGCAGCGCCAGCAGCUACAGCAAGCAGGACGGAUACGUGCAGUUCGACAAAACCAGCAAAGCGUCCGCCUCCUCUUCGUCUCACUACUCGCAGUCGUCCUCUCAGAACUCUGACCUGACUCGGCCGCUGCAGAAACGAAUGCAGACGCACGUUUAAUCCCGAAGAACACUUGAGGUGAGUCACCCGUGCUUCACGCGUCAUUCCUGAUCCGUUUUCUCUGAAGACCGAGCGAAUUAAAGCAUUCAGCGUGGACAAAGGCAGCAUCUCGACACAAUGCACCCUCGCUCCGUUUUUCUGUAUAUUUUGAAGUAGUGUGUUUUUUAGAUAAGUCUUAUGUUCUUCGUGGAAAAGGAAACAAUUUUGGAUGCUUUCAUAACAUGACAAUCAGGAGUCCAACCAAUUGCCAUCGACUAUCACCGACCGAAUUUGUUGAGGGCCCCAGAUGCUCUACGGGAUCCAGCGCCUGGCAUUCAGAUACGGGACAAACUUUGGCCGUCUUUUGGUUCUUCAGCGGUGACCCGAAGCACAAUAGUGUCUGUUUAACGCCAACUUGCGGUGUUUCUCUGCUGAUGAACAGAUCUCAAUGAGAAUUAUCCUCUGGAGGUCAUCGCUGAAAAUAUCAUUAUGUGCUUUUCUAUGGACACUGUAAUAUAUACUUCACUUGUGUGCACUGAACUGUUUUUUCUUAUGACGUUGCUUACGUGGUCUCUCGUCUUGACGCUUUUUCAUUUUUAUGCGUCGCGAGUGUGUGGAAAAAAGCACACACAGCCAAAGUGCAUGUGUGGAGAGCUCUUUAUGAACUUUGCUAACAUGGACAGCAUCGUGUUUACAUGCCAGAGGCCAGAAUGUAGAUCUAACUACUUCUUUUUCUUUCCUAAAGUCUUAUUUAACACAUUUAAUGUGAGCUGAUCCUUCAAACGCUUCGUUGUUAAUAAAUGUACGUACAUCAGUACGUACGUCCUGUGAAUUCAAAUGUCACGUUGUUACUUUUUUUACAGUAUAUACCUCUAACAACGUGUUGUUGUGUUUCGACACAUCUGUGAACAAAUCCCACAUUGUCGUUGGGAAUUCAUAUUUCUGCUGUCAAGUUUAUUUUAAGGCUGCCAUAUGUUUUAAGCUCACUGUUUUAAGUAAGCUUCUCUUUCCCGCAGCCUUUGGAAGGUCUGCCGUUUACACGGUUUAAUCGAUGCAGGAAGCCGAGCCUGCGGAGCGUUCCGAGCGAGACUGGCGCAUCAGAGCAAUUACAUUGAUCAAAUAAUCAUGAUUACAAAAUAAGUGUUGAAUAAAACAGUGUGGAAAAGAGCUUCUGUGGUCAUUACAGACGAGACUCUGUCUCUGUUCCGUCCGUCUGAUGCUUUUUAAAGGGAAGG